GCGCCGUACUUAACAAAUUCGACUGUUUGUUUGUGUGCGUGUGCUUAAGAUGGUAAAUAAACAGACGACGUCACUGUCGCCUACCUGCUCGCAUUUCAUCACGGAAUUCAUUGAACAUCCCAAUUUAUGUUGGAAGACCCAAAAAACGAAAGAAAAAAAAGCUAUAAAACAUGAAAACUACCGUAGUGGAAAAGAUUCAUUAUAGACGAACAUCUAUGGAAAAUCGUUGAGUUGUGUUAUGUGGAAAGAGCACAGUAAACUAGACCUACAUACGCAACUCCGUAAAGAAGCUUAAUGAGGUAAAACGAAACGUGCAAGCUAACUCAUUCUUACUAUGUAUGCCAAUUGCCAAGCCAAUUACUUUUAUUUCCAUCUCAAUUAUUCCGAACACGCAAGCAAGUAAAGCUUUAAUUAGAAUGCAAAUCGUCAUCGGAAAUUGUUAGACAUUUGGCUUGAAAAUGCUAAUAUAGAGCUUAAUAUAUUGGAUGGAAUGACAUGACGGAACUCUCUUAUUACAUUGACUGAGAUACAUAAUUUAUGAAAUUAAGUGACAAAAGCAUUUACAAUUAUUGUUAUCAUGGAAGCCAUCUUGAAAGUGUUGUAAUAAGAAUAAAGACAGAA